AUGACUAUCCCAGAGGAAGUCGAUAUCAUCGUUACUGGUGGCGGAUCAUGCGGGUCGGUUUACACUUCAAAUAACAAGAACCUAUUGUUGAUUGUUUCUAGCUGUGUCGUUGCUGGCCGUCUGGCCAAUCUGGACCACAAUCUCCAGGUCAUGCUCAUUGAAGCUGGAGAGUCCAAUCUCAACAACCCUUGGGUAUACCGUCCUGGUAUCUACCCUAGGAACAUGAAGCUCGACAGUAAGACGGCUUCAUUCUACUACUCAAGACCUUCUGAGUGGCUUGGUGGCCGUCGUGCUGUCGUGCCUUGUGCUCAUAUCCUUGGUGGAGGAAGUUCCAUCAACUUCAUGGUGANNAUGUACACUCGUGCUUCGGCCUCUGACUAUGACGAUUUCCAAGCCAAGGGCUGGACUACCAAGGAACUGAUCCCUCUUAUGAGAAAGCACGAGACUUACCAGAGAGCUUGCAACAACCGUGAUAUCCAUGGUUUUGAUGGGCCUAUCAAGGUAUCUUUUGGAAACUAUACCUACCCUGUCAUGCAAGACUUCCUUCGUGCUGUCGAGUCACAAGGUAUCCCUGUCACGGACGAUCUUCAGGACCUGAAAACCGGUCAUGGAGCUUGUCACUGGGAGAAGUGGAUCAACAGAGAUACUGGACGUCGCUCGGACUCUGCUCAUGCAUAUAUCCACAGUACUCGUGCUCAUUACUCGAACUUGCAUCUGGUUUGUAACACCAAGGUCGAAAAAGUCAUUAUGGAAGGAGGCAGAGCUGUCGGUGUCAAGGUUGUCCCCACUAAGCCACUCACUCCUGGACAAGACCAAGCCAAGAUCUACAGGGCCAGGAAGCAGAUUGUCGUUAGUGGAGGCACUCUCAGUUCUCCUCUCAUCCUUCAACGUUCUGGCAUCGGUAAGCCGACCUCGCCUUUUCUCCCAAAGUUGUAUCACUUACAUGUAUACANNGGUGACCCAGAGAAGCUUCGUGCUGCAGGAGUCAAGCCUCUUGUCGAUCUGCCUGGCGUCGGCCUCAACUUCCAAGACCACUACUUGACUUUCUCAGUCUUCAGAGCCAAACCCAACGUCGAGUCUUUCGACGACUUUGUCCGCGGUGACCCUGCAGUCCAGAAGGCAGUAUAUGAGCAGUGGAACAUCAACGGCACGGGUCCUCUUGCGACCAAUGGUAUCGAAGCUGGCGUCAAGAUUCGACCAACCGAGGACGAACUUGUCCAGAUGGAUUCCUGGCCAUGCCCAGAAUUCCGCAGUGGAUGGGAUAGCUACUUCAAGGACAAGCCGGAUAAGCCAAUAAUUCACUAUUCAGUUAUCGCUGGAUGGUUCGGAGAUCAUAUGCUCAUGCCGCCUGGCAAGUUCUUUACCAUGUUUCACUUCCUGGAGUACCCAUUUAGCCGAGGAUUUACCCAUAUCACCUCUCCCAGUGCUUACGAUGCACCGAACUUUGAUGCUGGCUUCAUGAACGACAAGAGAGACAUGGCACCGAUGGUCUGGAGCUACAUCAAGUCCCGCGAGACUGCUCGUCGCAUGGACGCUUACGCAGGAGAAGUCCAGUCCAUGCACCCCUUCUACGCCUUCGACAGCCCAGCACGCGCCCUGGACAUGGACCUCGCCACUACCAAAGCAUACGCUGGUGAGAAUCACAUCACUGCUGGUAUUCAACAUGGUUCAUGGUCGAUGCCGUUGGAGUCUGGAUCUGCACCUUCCCCCAGCUUCCUCAACAGUAACAAGCAAGAAAUCCGCGAGGACCUGACUUACACCACCGAGGAUAUCAACCAUGUCAUCGAGUGGACUAAACGACACGUAGAGACCACGUGGCAUUCACUAGGCACAUGUUCUAUGGCACCUCGCUCUGGCAACUCUAUCGUCAAACACGGCGUCCUCGACGAACGCCUCAACGUCCACGGUGUCAAGGGACUCAAGGUUGCUGACCUAUCAAUUUGUCCGGACAACGUCGGCUGUAAUACGUACUCCACGGCGUUACUCAUCGGCGAGAAGGCUGCCAUGCUCGUUGCAGAGGAUUUGGGCUACUCGGGCUCUGCGCUUGACAUGAAGGUUCCUACCUAUCAUGCCCCUAGAGAAAUUGCUGGGUUGUCUCGUCUGUAG